AUGGAGAUUGAUUACAGGCCUCAUUUCAAUUCCGAAUUUGAAUUGCUCAUCGAAAGAAUUCACCCUCCCAGGGUUUGUAUUGACAACGACACAUGCCAAGACUGCACUCUUGUGAAGGUUGAUAGUGCAAACAAGCACGGGAUUUUGCUGGACAUGGUCCAAGUUUUGACGGAUCUUGAUCUGGUAAUAUCCAAAUCCUAUAUUUGCUCUGAUGGUGGUUGGUUCAUGGAUGUGUUCCACGUGACAGACCAGCUUGGGAACAAAAUUACUGACGAAAGCCUUAUACAUUACAUUCAGCAGGCACUCUGUGCAAGUAGGAGAGGGAAGAAGGAGCUCCAAACAUGCCUUGGUAGAGAGAUGAGUACACGACACGUGUCGACCGAGGACACGGCUUUAGAGAUGACGGGGACGGAUCGACCCGGGCUACUGUCUGAGAUAUCAGCUGUGCUUGCUGAGUUGGGAUGCCACGUGACUGCUGCGGAGGCGUGGACCCACAACACCCGAGCGGCUUGCAUAAUCUACGUGGAAGACGAAACCACUGGCAGGUCCAUCACGGACUCAGCCCGGCUGGCCCACAUACAAGAGCUGCUGGAGAACGUGGUGGACGCCCACCAGCAGAUGGGGGAGAGGAAGAGUGUAAGGUUAACACCUCCAGCCGCCAGCCGGACUCACACCGAAAGGAGGCUCCACCAGCUGAUGUUAGCUGAUAGAGACUAUGAAAAGUGCAGUAGCUGUGGUGACGGUGGUGGUUACGGUGGCGGCGGCAGUGGUGUUGUAUACAGAAAUGAAAAGGGGCAUGGAAAGGGGUGUGAUGGGACCAUAGUUACUAUAGAGAACUGUGAGGAGAAAGGGUACUCAGUAGUGAAUAUGAGGAGUAGAGAUCGUCCAAAGUUGCUCUUUGAUACGGUUUGUACUCUGACGGAUAUGCAGUAUGUGGUGUUCCAUGCAGCAAUUAGUUCAAUGGGCUCUAUAGCUGUUCAGGAGUAUUAUAUAAGGCACAAGAAUGGAUGCACACUGGACUUGGAGACGGAGAGAAGAAGGGUUAUCCAAUGCUUGACUGCUGCCAUAGAAAGAAGAGUUUCCCAUGGAUUGAAGCUGGAUGUCAGCACCCGAGACAGGCUGGGACUGCUGUCAGACAUUACACGGGUGUUCCGCGAGAAUGGGUUAACAGUAACAAGGGCAGACAUAGGGACACGAGGUGAAAGAGCAGUUGGAUCAUUCUACGUCACGGAUGUUUCAGGGAAUAACGUGAACCCGGACAUGGUGAUAGAGGUGAUUCGACAAGAAAUCGGGGGGACUGUCCUUGUGGUUAACAAAUCUUCAGGUUGGUCUCCAGAAAAUUCCACAUCGAGCACAACCAGAAGCAAGGGCAAUGGUGUGGAAGACAGACCAAGAUUCUCAUUGGGAAGCUUGUUGUGGUCGCGGCUUGAGCAACUUUCAAGCAACUUUGGAGUCAUAAAAUUAUGAGUUCCUAUGAUAAGCCAGCUUCCAUGUUGGAGCAUGUAUCUGUAAAGUAUUUUUGUUGGUUCAGUGUGUUUUUUUUUGGCUCCUACGUAGUGAAAAAGCUAGCUUUCAAUCAUAAUGCUCCUAAUAUGUUCAUAGUAAGUUAGUAACCUAAUCAAUAUAU